CCAAAAUUUAUAUUAAGAGCUACAUUAAUUUUAAUGUCUAUGGCAUGGUCAUGGAGCUAGGACUACCACUACCGCAAAUUUUACCCAAAUUUCAACCUUUGGAAAGCAAGCAACGUUUGAUUUAAUUUUUCAAGAAACUCGAUUGUUCUGUUUAAAAAUAGAUCUAGAUUUACAUCACGCCACUAUUUUUCAAGGAAUCAUAUAACACCAUUUGAUUUUAAAGAUGCCACGAAUAUACAUCCAGAAAAAUAUGAGAAAGCAGUGGACAACUGAUGCAAUGGCUGCAGCAAUUACUGCAGUUAGAAACAAAGAAAUGGGCUAUUUAAAAGCCAGCAAAACUUUUGGUGUUCCUAGGGCAACUUUAGAGCGUAAGGUAAAAUGCAUUGAUGCACCACUCAGUGAAGUGGUGAAUGUUCCCUUAGGGAGAAAGCCAAUAUUGUCACCUCAUAUUGAAGCGGAAUUAGUCAGUUAUAUAACUGAAAUGGAGUCAAGACUGUUUGGUGUAACUUGCACUGAUGUGCGAAGAAUGGCUUAUCAGCUAGCUAAAAAAAACAAUAUUAAGACAAAUUUCAAUAUUGACAAUGAAAUGGCAGGCAAAGACUGGCUAGCAUCAUUUCUAACUAGGCACCCACAACUUUCUUUGCAAGAAGAACAAUGUAUGCAGUGUGUAUCAUGCAAUAAAUGGUGGCACACUAAAUGCGCUGCGGCAGAAUCAGCAGACAUAAAAAUGGCUAAAGUCCAGGUGGCAGCUUUCAUCACCACAAAUGUUGAUAGUAAAUCUAUAAAUGAAAGUUUUCUGUCAUCUUGUUCCAUUAUGGUGUCCAAGCUGUUUUACACUGACGUUCAAUACGUCACACUAGAACUCCAGACCAAUGUCACUAUGAUGAGGGCUGCGUCCAUUGCUCCCAUGCUUAAUCUAAAGCUCUUCCACAACUCAGACAAGGUAGACAACUCUAGUAAACAUGAUCUGGCUAAGCAAGUAGCUAGCUGGUUCGCCAAGCAUUUAAGGAUACCAGAAGACAGGGUGCUGGUAUUAUUCAUUGACACAAGGUUAUGUAAUGCAGAAUGAAAUGAUGGAGACACUGGAUCAAAUUUUAAAAAAUAUGUCUUAUACAUUCUAAUAAUAUUGUACUGCUUUUAUAGAAUUGUUUUGUUGACAAGAAAAAAAAUUAACGCUUUGCUAUUUUUUAAUGUCUAUAAAAAUAUUUAUUUUUUUUAUUAAAGUAUUAUCAUUGUUAAAACUGUGAACCAUUCCAAAGGUUGUUUUUUUUGUGUGUGUGUGUACAUUAGUCUUAGAGCUAGUAAAGUGAACCUUUAAAUAAAGUUUAAACCUUUAGAUUAGAAUUAUAAAAGAGGACUCAUCAUUUUCAAUGUGACCAGAUGAGUUAAUUCUGAACCAAGAUUUUAGUUUGUUAGUUCCAUAUAACAGGAUCUAAAUGUAUUCUGUUGUGCAGCCCUUAAAAUAUUUAUCUCUGUGUUCCAUUAAUGACAAUAAAGUGUUAGCUGAAAUGUUUGAGGUUUUACAUGUCAGAAUUAUUAGGGAGUCAGAACAAGACUGAUGUAUGGCAGCAAAAAUAAAAAGAUAAAAAGAAAGAAAAAUAUUUCAACAAAAUUUAAUAGUUUAUUCAAUUCACAAUACAUAUAAGUUUAAUCAAGAAGAAGUAAGUUCAUACAUUUAGCUUCAGUUUUUCAGAACCUUCACUGCUAAAUUAAUAUAACUCUUAAUGCCUUAAUUCUUUACAUUAACUCUGAAAUGACAGGACCAAAAUAAAAAAAAAAUCCUGCAUUUUGAUGAUGUCAGCUGAAUUUCAUCUUUGCUGUUAUUCCUUUAAAGUACAAUUUCUAAAAAAAAAAUAAAAAUGCUCCCACUUAUGACAAUCCUCUCCAGUCAUGGUAUUCAAUAAAUAAUAAACUAAUUAAUACUAUGACAAAGAGACUAUACAUUUAAAUUGCUAGUUUCAUUCUGCAAUGUUUGAUUAUUGUUGUUAAAUUACAUGACAGAAAUAAAUUGUUAGAUUCAUACAUUGUACAACAUGCAAAACAUGAAGAUGUCAAUAAAUAAAUUGCCCCUAAAUAAAUUACAGUUCAAAACUU